AUGGAGGUGAACUGUGAGGAGUUGGAGAAAGUACUUGUCGGAUUUGACCCUGAGAGGUUUUUUCAAAUUGGUUCGGAACUACCACCCCAGGAGAAGUCAGCACUGACUGCUUUCCUCCGACAGAAUAAUGCCGGGUCAACCUAUCAGAGGAUGAUGACCAGGAUGUUUGAACAGCAGAUGGGUAAAAGCGUUGAAGUGUACAUAGACGACAUGGUGGUUAAAAGUAAGUUGGUUCCCGACCAUAUUGAAGACCUCGGCAACGUUUUUCAAAUACUGAGAAAGUAUAAACUGCGGCUGAACGCAACCAAAUGUUCAUUUGGAGUGGGAUUAGGAAAAUUCUUAGGUUAUAUGAUGACUCACAGAGGCAUUGAGGUUAACCCUGACCAAAUAAGAGUCAUCCAUAGCUUGCAGCCUCCUCAGAAUCCUAAAGAGGUCCAGAAGCUUACUGCUUUCCAACAGCUAAAGGAAUACCUCGCCCAACCACCGAUCAUGUCCAGUCCCGAUGCCGACGAAGUUUUGUAUGCCUACAUCGCAGUAGCCCCACAUGCAGUAAGCUUGGUGCUAAUCCGAGAGGACAACGGCACACAGCGACCGGUCUACUACGUUAGCAAAUCACUGCAGGAUGCAGAAACCCGUUACCUUCCCCUCGAAAAGGCUAUCUUGGCCAUCGUACAGGCCAUACGAAAGCUUCCUUACUACUUUCAAGCACACACUGUUGUAGUGUUAACUCAACUCCCCUUAAAGUCCAUCCUGCGCAGCGCCGAUUACACAAGCAGAAUUGCGAAAUGGGGAACAAUUUUGGGCGCCUUUGACAUUAGAUACAUGCCUCGCACCGCUGUAAAAGGCCAGGUCCUCGCCGACCUAGUGGCAGAAUUUGCGGAGCCCAUACUAGAAGGAAAGGAAAUAUCGGUAUUACUAGGGGCUGAUGAAAGGGUGAUCAGCACAGUUUCUCCGCAUGGACACGCUUGGUGGAAAGCAUACAUUGAUGGCGCAGCGAAUCAAAGGGGCUCAGGGUUAGGGCUUGUUUUGCACUCACCUGAAGGGAUAACCAUAGAGAAGUCAUUGAGACUCGGAUUUUCAUCCACGAACAACGAGGCCGAAUAUGAGGUGCUAUUGGAAGGAAUGCGGAUGAUUCGGAAAAUGGGGGGGAAAGCCGUGGACAUAUUCUCGGAUUCGAGACUCAUUGUGGGACAGGUAAAUGGAGACAUGGAGGCAAAGGACGAGAGAAUGAAAGAGUAUCUGGUUCGGCUUAAGUACUUGCAGACCCAUUUUCAUCACUUCCGCUUGACGCACGUACCCAGAAAUGGGAACACCCACGCCGAUUCUCUCGCGAUGUUGGCUACCUCCUCGGCUAAGCCCCUUCCUCGAGUCAUUUUGGUAGAAGAGCUCAUUCGUCCUUUAACAGAGAAAGCCAAUGGGAUUGGAGUACAUAACCUCAGGGCUGGACCGAGCUGGAUGGACCCUAUAGUGUUGUACUUGAAGCACGACACCUUACCGGAUGACAAGGUUGAGGCUGACAAAAUCAGGAGAAAAGCUACCCGAUUCUGGUUGUCGGAGGACUCCAAGCUUUACCGACGCUUGUUCUCGGGGCCGUAUUUGCUGUGUGUGCACCCAGAGGCUACUGAACUCACCCUGGAAGAGUUACACGAAGGAAUUUGCGGAAGUCACACGGGGGGUAGGUCUUUGUCUCACAGAGCCUUAACGCUGGGUUAUUAG